AUGGCUGAAAAUACUGAAUUAGCUAUUUGCCUUGAAGAAAUUUCUAAAAUCGUAAAAGUUGCCAAUUUUAUCAUGUCUGCAUACACAUCUUUGAUCUUUAAUAAUGUCCCUUUCAUAACGCCGCAUCUUGAAUCUCAGUACCUUUCUGAAAAAGUAAUAUCAGCUGCUGUGGCAAUUCAUGAUCCACAUUUUAAAUCCGGUAUAGUCCUCGAGCACGUCGGCCUUCUUGUAACAACCGAUUCAAACCAUACAUUCUUAAUUCAUUCAUGUCCUGUACCUCCAACUUAUG